CGGAAAUGUCGUUACUUAUGAUUCCCUACGUGUAUCGUUAAUGAACUUUACAAAGUUUAACAGUGCUGCAAAAAAAACUAAAAGCUUCACGGUUCGAGAAAUGUUUAUGCGACAGCUGCUGCAGCUUAAAGGUAUAUCUGUGGACAAAGCCAUGGCAAUUACAAACGUGUAUCCGACGCCGAAGACCUUGACUCACGCGUUCAAAAAUGAAGACGACAAUUUAUUAGCAAAUAUUCCGCUUGGUACAUCAAAAUCUAGAAUUGGACCAGUCAUCAGUAGAAACUUGAGUCAGUUUUAUUCAAGGCCUAGUUUUAAUUGACAAUACAAGUAAAUGUUGUUUCUACAUAAAUCACAUAUAUAUCUUUCUUACAGAAGUAGGUUGAUAAAGUAAAAUGCAGGUUUGUAUGUAGAAGUACUUGUAAAUAAUGU